AACUCGCAUUGUGGGCCGCAAAGUAGGAGAUUUUAAUAGCACACGUUUUUCCCAUAUUAAAUAUGAACCACACAUGUUAGCUACUCACUUUCCCUUCCCCAUUUUCAUUACCAUAUUACCAGGUUCAUUUCUGGAAACUACCGCCCAUGCUCAGUGUUUUGUGCUUUAUUGAUUUUGCUCCACUUAAAACUUAAAAGGGUAAAAGAGUGAAAGAGUGAGUUGCAAUGGCGGAAGUGAGUAAUAAGCAAGUGUUGUUGAAGAAUCAUGUGCUUGGUUUUGUCAAAGAAUCAGACAUGGUCAUAACCUCUUCCACUAUGAAACUUAAGCUUCCAGAUGGUUCCAAAGGAGUUCUGGUGAAGAACUUAUACCUGUCUUGCGAUCCCUAUAUGCGACCCCGUAUGAACAGUCAAAAUGUCGGGUCUUAUGUUGAGCCCUUCAAGCCUGGUUUGCCCAUCACAGGUUAUGGAGUUUGUAAAAUUUUAGAAUCCGGAGAUCCAAACUUCAAGGAAGGGGACUUGGUUUGGGGAAUCACGGGGUGGGAAGAGCAUAGCAUUAUAAGUGCAACUCACACUCUAUUCAAAAUUCAUAAUGCUGAUGUGCCUUUAUCUUAUUAUACUGGCUUACUCGGUAUGCCUGGUAUGACUGCUUAUGCUGGUUUCUUUGAAAUUUGUUCUCCAAAAAAGGGGGAGUAUGUGUUCAUUUCUGCAGCAUCCGGAGCAGUUGGUCAGCUUGUUGGGCAGUUUGCAAAGAUCUUAGGUUGCUAUGUUGUUGGGAGUGCUGGAAGCAAAGAAAAGGUUGAUUUGCUGAAGAACAAAUUUGGUUUUGAUGAGGCUUUCAAUUAUAAAGAAGAGCCUGAUUUCGAUGCAACUUUGAAGAGGUACUUUCCAGAAGGAAUAGAUAUAUACUUUGAGAAUGUUGGGGGGAAAAUGCUUGAUGCUGUUUUACAAAACAUCAGGCCCCAUGCUCGAAUUGCAGUUUGUGGAAUGAUCUCACAAUACAAUCGUGAACAACCUGAAGGUGUAAGUAAUCUGAUGAAUCUUGUGUGGAAAAGUGUUCGAAUGGUAGGAUUUUUGGUUUUUGAGUAUUAUCACCUCUACUCCAAGUUUCUUGAAUUCGUUCUUCCUUGCAUCAAAGAAGGAAAGAUUGUGUAUGUGGAGGAUGUUGCUGAAGGGCUGGAGAAUGCCCCAGCAGCUUUGGUAGGGCUUUUCACCGGUCGCAAUAUUGGGAAGCAGGUAGUUCUAGUCUCUAGUGAUUGAUUUGCUUUGUUAGCACCACUUUUAUCAAUAAUGUUCAAAAGUAUAUGUCAAAUUGUAUGGUUUAUAAAUUUUAAUUGCACUGUCUUGGUUAUGUUUCAUACAGUACCGUUUUGGCAAGUAGCUUUGUUUAGUACAUUUAUGUUUGAAAAUGAAACCCAUUUGUCAUAUUUAUAAACAUUUAUUAUUUGUUUCUUCGCAA